AAGCUCCGAGAGCGAUUGAUAAAAAGCCUGAAGAGUACUUCGAGAACAUCUUGACGUGAAAACAACAUACGAAUUUCUCCAAUUUGAGAAAAAAUAGUUCUGUAAGACUUUGAUUACAUUUCUUUAACGUACAUGGAGUUCGCAUUUGAAGUGCAGAAAAAUACCAGAGAAGAAGUAAAAGUUCCGUUAUCGCUAUGAGAGAGAUAAAAAAUGUGGUCGUUGUUGGGGCUGGCACGAUGGGUUCAGGAAUAGCUAUGGUUGCUGCUGCAACUGGUCAUGAGGCAACAUUGGUUGAUGUUUCUCAAGAUAUCCUAGACAAAUCCCGUGCGGAAAUCAAAAAGAAUGCCACCCGGUGGUCUCGUAAGUUCUACAAAGAUGAUCCCGAUGCGGCAAGUGCAUUCGUGACAGAAGCCUUGGGUCGGAUAAGUUACAGCUCCCAAUUGGACGAGGUUGUUCAGCGGGCUGAUUUGGUGAUUGAAGCCGUCGUAGAGAACGUGAAGGUUAAACAGGAAUUGUUUAAACGUCUCGAUGAUAUUGCUCCACAUCAUGUUAUUUUUGCGAGUAACACAUCCUCUUUGUCCAUAAAAGAGUUGGGUUCGGUAACGAAGAGGGAGGAUCGCUUCGCGGGAUUACAUUUCUUCAAUCCGGUUCCGCUGAUGAAACUGAUUGAGGUUAUCAAAACCGAUCGGACAUCGGAGGACACUCACGCUGCACUUAUGGCAUUCGGGAUUUCAUUGGGUAAAACAUGUAUCACCUGCAAGGACAGCCCAGGGUUCAUCGUCAAUCGACUGCUAUUCACGUUCACAGCGGAAGCGUUGAAAAUGUACGAACGGGGAGAUGCUACACCCAGGGAUAUUGAUACUGCUAUGAAGCUAGGAUGCGGACACCCAAUGGGCCCGUUCGAACUUAUGGACAUGGUAGGGCUGGAUGUAACCUUGAGCAUAAUGCAGGAACGCCACAAGCGCUCACCCGAGGAUCCGAUGGCAAAACCGAGCGCCGUUUUGAAGAAACUCGUUGCUGAAAAGAAGCUCGGUGUCAAAAGUGGCGAGGGUUUUUACAGUUAUAAAUAAGAACAGUUCAAAUAUUGUGAAAUUAUCAUAUACAAUAUAGGGGUGAAGGUUCGGAAUUUUGAAAUUGGUUUUGAUGUAAUAAAAACCGUACUUGGAAAAAAUGCAA